GCCGGGCUCCGCGCCGCGGGGCUGGGGAGCAGCGCCGAGCCGAGCCUGCCCAUCGCCGGAGCGAGCAGCGAGCGGGGCGCGGCCCCGGGGCGCCGACCAGCAGGUGAAGGAGGCCCCCAGACUGGCACCAUGACAGAGUGCUUUGACUGCGACAACUGCAAGGAGUCCUUGUAUGGGCGCAAGUACAUCCAGAUGGACAACGGCCCGUACUGCAUCCCCUGCUACGAUGCCCACUUUGCCAACACCUGUGAUGAGUGCAAAGAGCUGAUCGGCCACGACUGCAGAGAGCUGUACUAUGAGGAUCGCCACUACCACGAGCACUGCUUCCGUUGCUUCCGCUGUGACCGUUCUCUGGCCGAUGAGCCCUUCACCUGCCAAGGCGAGGAGCUGCUGUGCAAUGACUGCUACUGCAGCGAGUUCUCCUCCAAAUGCAUUGCCUGUGAGAAGACAGUCAUGCCAGGAUCCCGUAAGCUGGAGUACAACGGACAAACCUGGCAUGAGCAUUGCUUCAUAUGCAGCAGCUGCCAGCAGCCCAUCGGGUCACGAUCCUUCAUCCCAGACAAGAAGGAUUAUUACUGUGUCCCCUGUUAUGAGAGCAAGUUCGCUCCUCGCUGCACUCGUUGCAAAAAGACCCUGACCAAGGGAGGAGUGACUUACCGGGAUGAGCCAUGGCACAAGGAGUGUUUCGUCUGCACAGGCUGCAAGACCCCCCUGGCUGGCCAGCAGUUCACCUCCCAGGAUGACAACCCGUACUGUGUCAAGUGCUUUGGGAACCUCUAUGCCAAGAAGUGCAGUGCCUGCACAAAGCCCAUCACAGGCUUUGGCGGUGGUAAAUAUGUCUCCUUUGAGGACCGUCACUGGCACCAUAAUUGCUUUAACUGUGCCCGCUGCAACACCUCGCUGGUCGGGAAAGGCUUCAUCCCCGACAAUGAUGAGAUCCUGUGCCGCGACUGCAGCAGCGACCUAUGAGCCUCCGAGGACACCGUGGGGCAGGGGCUUUCUCUAUUCUUCAGGGUCUUUGUGCCAAAUACCCCAACAACGUUUCAGGGGCAGGGCACAAGGCACAGGAGAUGGGGGCUGACCCCGAACCACAGUGUGUUCCGGGGGUUCCUGUGCCCCUCCCUGAAGGCUAGAGUACGCUAUGCUAUGGCUCUGUGCAGAGUCAAAGCUAAAUAAAGUUGAAAAAGGAGCUUCAAGACCCCCUAUUAUUUACUCUUUCCUUUUGCUUCCUGUCUGACCAGGCAUGAGCUGAGCCCAGGGCCCCAGCUGAGCAAAGGGCGGCAGCAGCAGCUUCAGCCUUGGGCUGCUGGAUCUGCAUGCUGGCAGCAUGUAUCUGCUCCCCCUGGCACAGUGCUGUCUUUUCUCUUUUCCCUCCGUGCUUCCCUUGCUCUGUGUGAAAUAAGGCAGCAGCUCCUGGUCCGUGUGGCUUGGCUGUGCUGGCCUGCGUAGCAGAUGGCUUUGUGGCACAGCCUUUCUGUACGUGUGGCUGGCCUGCGGUGACCCGGGCGUGAAGGGCACUCUGCCCCACUUGGGAGGUUUGAGGGCACCCGGCUGGAGUGUGGCCAGGAGAAGAGCACGUGUCCUGCCAGAUGGGGUCCACCUCCGGAUUUCGGCAGCCACCUCACCGUUUGCAGGCCAGACCCUGUACUCUGCGCAUCUCCGUGGAGGUGCUCUCGCUCAGGUGUGGAUGAGGAGCUCAAAUGGCUCACAGGUACGGGGCGUUCUGCCCCCACCACCCCCCUGCCCCAUUCCCGUCCAUCUGUGCCCUGAUCUCCCAUGGCUGCCUUUGCAGUGUCUGGGCUGGAGCUGGUGGGUAUUAGCCCACUGGUGGACCCCCUGAGAUGCGCCUGGCUGAGCCCCGGGAAGGGCAUGCUGAAGGCUGAGAGCACCGAGGGUUUUAUUCCUGCUCCAUCCUUCUCAUGGGGAACCACAGGCCGGGGACUGCCCCGCUGAGCCCAGCCGCCAGCAGCAUGGGCGACACUGAAAACCUUCUGUUAGUUUGGGGAGGGGAGCGUUGCCCAUAGGCAGCGGCUGCUGGGAGCACUGGAGCGGAGGCUCUGCGGGAGCUCAGGGCUCCGGCGCGGGGGGCAGCCGGGGUGUCCACGACUUGCUUCUGCCAGGGCUGUGUGUCCCCCCGCCCCACCGGGCAGGGCGCGGCGGCUCCCCGCAGCCACUCGUCCCUUGCUGCGUCCCAGACGAGAACCAAAGCAAAGGUGGCACCUGGGCUGCCCCAAGGAUGGGCUUUUCAUCUCCCAAGUGCCUGCAUUGGCCCUAACUGUGCACACUAGGACAUGUUGAGCCAUCCCGGGCUCACACAAGGGCUUGAGCCAUCCGUGCCCGAUGGCUGAGCUGGCUCUGGGUCCCCCUAAGGCCCCUCUACAGCGGGAUGCUCCUAUCUGCCUUGUCUCUACAUCCCUUUUGCUUCUGUCUUCCUGGGGCACGUAUGCUGACCCUGCUUUCCUGCUUAGACAUUCACGUGCUUUUCUGAAAGCAUUUUGUGUUUGUUUGUGGUUUUUUGUUUUGUUUUUGGUUUUUUUCCUUUUGUACUCUUUCAUCAUGAAUCUGUCAUUUUGUAACCAACUGCAGGAUGAAGGGGCUAGCCCCCCCUGCCCCAGGCUUCACUUAGGAACAGAAAAUGUUAUGCAUGUUGAAGCGUUAUUAACUCUGAAUGCAGAUACUUGUUGAACACUCGUUUGAAAGCUUUGAUGCAGGCAAAUCAGAGUUUGUGUGUUUGCUAUUCUGAGGAGCUUGGAGCAGUCUUUAGAAGGAAGUGUCCUAAACUUCAGCCUCCUGUGUAUUUCCUACAGCUUUAUACAAUAAACUGUUUUAGUGAU